GAGACGGACACACUUCCGGUGUUCCUGUGGACGCUCGAGCGGCGGCUUUUCUUUAGAGAUGGAGUGACUCGGACCUGCAGGACCGGAGUGUGAGGAGACAGUGUGUGUGUGUGUGUGUGUGUGUGUACCGCGGUGCAGUGUGGCGGGGUUUACACUCCGUAUCUCCAGGACCGGACUCUGUGUGUGUGUGUGUGUGUAAAGCCCGCGCGCUCCGACAUGAAGCUGCUGAAGCCGAGCUGGGUGGCGCACAAUGGAAAGCCGAUAUUUUCAGUCGAUAUUCAUCCAGACGGGACGAAGUUUGCCACCGGGGGCCAAGGAGAGGACUCUGGGAAGGUGGUGAUCUGGAACAUGGCUCCGGUCCUGCGAGAAGAGGACGAGAAAAACGAGAACGUUCCCAAGUUACUGUGUCAGAUGGACAACCACCUGGCGUGUGUAAACUGUGUGCGAUGGUCCAAUAACGGUCAGUGUCUGGCCUCUGGAGGAGACGAUAAACUCGUCAUGGUGUGGAAGAAAGCAACGUUUAUAGGCCCGAGUACAGUGUUUGGGUCGAGCAGUAAACUGGCCAAUGUGGAGCAGUGGAGGUGUGUGACCAUCCUGAGGAACCAUACGGGAGGUAACGUGAUGGACGUGGCCUGGUCUCCUCAUGACGUCUGGCUCGCCUCCUGCAGUGUCGACAACACCAUCGUCAUCUGGAACGCACGCAAAUUCCCCGAGAUGGUGACCUCACUCUCGGCACACUCCGGGCUGGUGAAGGGUUUAUCGUGGGAUCCUGUGGGGAAAUACGUGGCGUCUCAGGCAGACGAUCGCAGCCUGAAAGUGUGGAGGACCAUCGACUGGCAGCUGGAGGCCAACAUCACUAAACCCUUCACUGAGUGUGGAGGAACCACUCACGUUCUCCGUCUCAGCUGGUCUCCCGACGGUCAGUACCUGGUUUCGGCCCACGCGAUGAACAACUCGGGUCCGACGGCGCAGAUCAUCGAGCGAGACGGCUGGAAGACCAACAUGGACUUUGUGGGACAUCGGAAAGCCGUGACUGUAGUGAAGUUUAACCCCAAGAUUUUUAAGAAGAAGCCGAGGAAUGGAAGCUCCUCUAAACCCACUAAUCCCUACUGCUGCUGCGCCGUGGGCAGUAAAGACCGCUCGCUCUCCGUCUGGCUAACCUCCCUGAAGCGCCCUCUGGUGGUCAUUCAUGACUUGUUUGACAAAUCCAUCAUGGACAUCACCUGGACCCUGAGUGGUUUGGGUUUGUUGGUAUGUUCGAUGGACGGCACUGUGGCUUUUCUAGAUUUCUCUCAGGAUGAACUUGGAGAUCCACUUAAUGAAGAGGAGAAGAAUACUAUUCAUCAGAAGAUGUACGGGAAGAGCUUGGCCAUCACCACGGAGACGCAGCUCUCCUCCACCAUCAUUGAGAAUCCCGAGAUGCUGAAGUACCAGCAGGAGACCCGAAUCUCCAUUGGAACCCUGGGGUCCAGCGCAGAGACCCCUCUCCCUAAACUGAGCAGUGUGGUGAACGGAGAGUCCCUGGAGGACAUCAGGAAGAACCUUCUGAAGAAACAGGUGGAGACGAGAACUGCAGACGGGCGGAGGAGGAUCACACCGCUGUGUAUUGCACAACUGGAUACGGGAGACUUCUCCCCCGCUCUGUUUAACAGUGCCCCCAUCCUGCCCGGGUCCUCGGUCACUCAGCUCUCGUCCGACUCGAACACUUCGCUCAGUCUGAGAGUCACACACGACGCACCGGCUCCGUCCCAAACCAAACCCACUCCGGAGGGGGCGGCCUCGUCCCAAUCCAAGGGCACCGCCGACAACAAGGACGGCUGCGGUGCUCUGAAGUCUCCUCUGCUGCUCACUGCAGCCUCCAAGAUUGAGCCGAUGAAGGCCCUGGACUCGCGCUUUACUGAGAGGUCAAAGGUCACACCGGGGCUCAGCAGUUCACCUGCUGCUGUAAGCACCGCCCCUGUGGACAGGAUAAAGGAUGGCACCGGUGGACGGCCUGAAGGACUGAAAGACUGGAAGGCGAGAGAGGACUCGAGCAGUGACAGUGAGGAGAAGGCGGUGCAGAAGGUGGCGCCCCCUCUGGGCAAACGCAGGAAUGACUUGGAUGGAGGGGAAGUGGUGGAGAAACGGAAGAAGGGACGACCCAGGAAGGACUCCAAGAUGAUGAUGAGUGUACCUCAGGUGUACACACAGACUCCAGUCCCAGUGGAGAAGGAAACAUCACGGGCGUCGGCUCCUGUAGCAGCGAUUAAACUUCACACACCUGCAGUACAGAAAUCAUUUAGCACACAGGUGGGCUCAGACCCUGUUGCGUACCUGGAGGUGGAUAACGAGUUGUGUGUGGUUGCUGGUUCUCGGAUCAGUCAGCUCCGCUUCAGCACAAAUGGCCGGGACUGGAACACGGUUCUGACCAGCCGCGUUGUCACGGCGACGGCUAGCAGCGACGUGGUUGCCGUGGCGUGUGAGGACCGAACCCUCUCCGUGUUCUCUGCGUGUGGGCGGAGACUCGUCCCACCAAUCAUGCUCUCCGCACCAAUCACCGUGCUGCACUGCUCCGCCCACUUUGUGAUGGCACUAACUGCUUCAGCCACCUUGUCUGUCUGGGAUGUUCAGAAGCAAGUGGCUCUGGUCAAAAACGAAUCACUUAACUCUAUUUUAUCAGGUUCUGAUACAGUCGUGUCCUCCAUGUUAACGGGACACGGUGUUCCUGUAGUCACUCUGUCUAAUGGCCGGUCCUACUGCUUCAGCUCUACUAUGGAGACAUGGAAUCUGAUCGUGGAUAAGCAGGACACUUUGGUCCAGUGUGCAGACUUCAGCAGUUGUCUCAGUUCCCAUGAUGCACUGGGCUGCACCGGACCUCUCGCCACCACUCAGGGACGGAACCUGAGUGCGGGGCGGUUAGCGUCUCGUCUCUCGUCCACACCUCAUCACGUUCAGCAGGUGAUAACUCUGUCCUUCCUGGAGAAUCAGCUCUCCUCCGCCCGCAUCCUCCACUCCGCUAACGAGUACAGACACUGGCUGCUCAUCUACGCACGCUUCCUGGUCAAUGAAGGUUAUGAGCAGCGCUUAAGGGAACUGUGUAAGGAUUUAUUAGGGCCGGUGCAUAAAUCCAGCGGCAGUGCCUGGGAGUCCACAGUGCUGGGUGUGAGGAAGAGAGACCUCCUGAUGGACGUGCUGCCUGUGGUGGGACAGAAUCUACGAUUUCAGCGUCUCUUCACUGAGUAUCAGGAUCAACUGGAGCUGCUUCGUCUUAAAUAGCACUGCGUCCUUGGCCCUGCCCCUUAAGCAUCACCCCGCCCACUCUGCCUUGUCCCACCUCCCUAAUUAUUGGAGGUGUGAGUGUGAAGAGAAGAACUCUGUAGCAGAGCUGUCUCACGCACUCUGUAUCUGUCUGUACCUUAAAUGUAACCUGGAUUAGAAAAAAGGCGAGUGUGUGACUGAGAGUGAAACAGUGUGAGUGUGUGUGUGUACAGCACUGAUAAUGGACAACUUGAAGCUCCGCCCUCAGUCAGUUUUUGUAUUGUACAUGUUUGUAAACACUUUUUUUUUUUGUCUUUUUGUAUUAAAUGAAUCAACUGACAAAAAUAAUUAAGGAGAAAUAAAUAGUUGAUUAAU